AUGGUCGAGCAGCUCCGCUCCUUCGAUAUGGACAUCCCGACAGCUUCGCUAUCGUAUCAGGCAGGCGGCCUCCAGGGCUCCUUCACGUUCGCGCAGAUCGUCACGUCUGUUCUCUGGGGGCGGGCUGCCGACUCGCCGCUCUUCGGGUGGCGGACGGUGCUGCUCAUCGGCUUCGUGGGAACGGGCAUGAGCUGUGUUGGCGUUGGGUUUAGCCAGAGUUUCGUGGAGAUGAUUACGUCGAGGGUGCUGGGCGGGGCAGUGAAUGGGACCGUGGGCGCCGCGAGGACAAUGGUCGCGGAGAGCGUGCAGGCGAAGUGGCAUUCGGGGGCGUUUCUGGCUGCUGCCUGCCACCCGCACACAUUCAGCGGCUCGUACGCAGCGAGUCUGCUUGAAGCGUUUCCGUACGCACUGCCUAGUCUGCUUUACACUACGCUGCUGUUCAUGGAAGCGGGCCUGGUCGUCGCGUUUCCAGACGAGACUGCCCACGAAGAGAUGCUUGGUCGACCAGAUGGCAGACAUAAACGCAGCCAGAACAGCCACGCAACAGCCCACCUCCCCUUCUCCAUAAUCUGGACCGCCAACGCGCUCUGGACGCUCCUCAGCGUCGCCAUCUUCGACCUGCACAUGGGCGCCUUCUCCGGGCUGUGGAUCAUCUUCCUCUCCACAUCGCGAGGCGCCGACCGCACAGCCAGCGCGAGCGCGACACGCUUCACAGGCGGUCUAUCCUUCUCGCUCGGUCUCUUUGGCUCUUCACUCGCCAUCCUCGGCAUCCCCGGUCUCAUGCCGCAGAUCCUGCGGUACCCGUGGGCCAACACGCGCUUCGGCCUGAUGCGCUGUUUCUGGUCUUCCCUACUGGUCUUCCCCUUUGCGUAUCUGCUCGCUCCCUAUCUGGCUCUCCUACCAUCGGCGACGGCGGCGCCGCAGCCAGCCUCCGGCGUGUUGGUGUGGCUCGGGAUAAGCCUGGUGCUCAUGCUGCAGGUUUCAGCGCGCACGUUUGCGCUGCCUGCGAGUAUCAUCUUGGUGAACAACGCGAGUCCGCAUCCCAGGGUUUUGGGGAUGAUUCAUGGCGUGGGCCAAAGUGUGAGCUCUGCGAUGCGGACGCUGGGCCCCGUGGCGGGGGGGUAUUGGUUUGGACUGGGGCUGGAGAAGGGGAUGGUUGGGCUGGGCUGGUGGGCGAUCGCGGGGAUUAGUGCGCUUGGGUGCAUUGCCAGUCUUUGGGUGAAGAACGAGUCCGGGUAUGAAGUUCUUCUUCAGGAAGAAGACACUAGUAGCGGUGAAAGCAGUAGGGGUUAA